CAUAACUAAAAUACCAGUUCUUUGAACAGAAACAUAAAAAUUACAUAAAUAACUGCCAUGAAGAGGAGCUGCCGGUCAUUUGUUCGCCAAGUGCGGCAUGCAUCCACCACUGCCGCGAAAGGAGGUACCACAUCGGCGUCCUCCAGGGCAGCGGGUGAAGUAAAACCAGAGCCUGCAGCACGUGCCACAUUUUUGGAGAGGAUUCAACGCGGACCGGGCUUCCAAGACUUUUUUGCGGUCAAGCCCGCGUCCAGGCUGAAAACUGACGAAGAGGAGCCUGUGGACACCAGUGUUCCGUACCUGAACUCGAUUGACUUCAAUGGAAAUGGCAGGAAAGUGCACUUUGAGGUCUACGGAUGCCAGAUGAACACGAAUGACACGGAGGUGGUGUUCAGUAUCCUGCAGGAAAACGGCUAUUUGAGAUGCCAGGAGCCCGAAGAGGCGGAUGUCAUCAUGCUCGUCACGUGCGCGGUGCGCGAUGGAGCGGAGCAGAGGAUCUGGAAUCGAUUGAAGCACCUGCGCGCCAUGAAGAGCAAGCGCAGUACGCGGAGGCAUCCUCUCCAGCUGACUCUGCUGGGUUGCAUGGCGGAGCGACUGAAGGAGAAGCUGCUGGAGCAGGAGCAAUGUGUGGAUGUGAUCGCCGGACCCGAUAGCUACAAGGAUUUGCCGCGACUGCUGGCCAUCUCGCGGCAUUAUGGCAACUCAGCAAUCAAUGUGCUCCUCUCGCUGGACGAAACCUAUGCGGAUGUGAUGCCAGUACGAUUGAACUCCGAGUCCCCCACAGCUUUUGUGUCCAUCAUGCGCGGAUGUGACAACAUGUGUACCUAUUGUAUAGUGCCCUUUACACGCGGACGCGAGCGCUCCCGUCCACUGGAAUCCAUUGUGGCUGAGGUCAAGGCUUUGGCGGAACAGGGCGUGAAGGAGGUCACGCUGCUGGGUCAGAAUGUCAACUCGUACAGAGACAGAAGUGGCUUGGAGGCACAGGAGUCCCUGAAAGCCACCCCAGUGCCCGGCUUUAGUACUGUUUACAAGCCCAAAACAGGCGGCACUCCCUUUGCCGCGUUGCUCCGAUCCGUGGCUCAAGCUGUUCCAGAGAUGCGCAUCCGUUUCACCUCGCCGCAUCCGAAGGAUUUCUCCGACGAAGUUCUGGAGGUCAUCAGAGAUCACCCGAAUGUGUGCAAGCAACUCCACCUGCCAGCACAAUCGGGCAACACGCAAGUUCUGGAAAGGAUGCGACGUGGUUACAGCAGAGAAGCUUAUCUGGAACUUGUGGAGCACAUCAGACAGUUUCUGCCCAAUGUUGGGCUCUCUAGCGACUUUAUUUGCGGCUUUUGCGGCGAAACGGAAGCGGAGUUCCAGGACACAGUAUCUCUCAUCCAGCAAGUGAAGUACAAUGUGGCCUACUUGUUCGCCUACAGCAUGCGGGAAAAGACCACUGCCCAUCGGCGCUACAAAGAUAAUGUGCCCUUGAACGUGAAGAAUAAGCGACUGCAGCGCAUGGUGCAGGUUUUCCGAGAGGGAGCUACACAGCUGCACCGUAAAAUGGAAGGUCAGGAGCAGCUCAUCCUUGUGGAAGGAAAAAGCAAGAGGUCCGAUGCUCAUUGGUUUGGUCGGAAUGAUGCCAAUAUCAAGGUCAUAGUUCCUUCUAUAGAUGUAGCCAUAUCUAGAGAUCCCACAGCCAAACGAUCCUUUGGCGUGGGCGACUUUUUGGCCGUCCGCAUUGAGGAAUCCAACUCCCAGGUGCUGAAGGGCACACCCCUCGAGCUGAGCAGCAUUACCGACUUUCACAGCAGACAGUUAUUACAAUAAAAUGAACUUUAAUCGUA